GAGAAACAUUGAUUUUCGAGCAUAUCCGGUGAUUGUCUGCGAGAUGGCCCGGUCGUGCGAGAGAGUCAGGCGGUAUUUGACAUUUGUUACUGGGAUCAUAGAGUGCAUAGGCUUCGCAGGGUUGCUCUUUGGCUGGCCCUCCCUUGUGUUUGUUUUGAAGAAAGAAGAGUACUUUGCUGAUCUCUGCCUCUCGUUGCACAACACCAGCGAUUCUGGAGCGAGGAAUGCCACUGAUUGUGAUUUGCAGGAUGAACGAUUCGCGCUGAUCUUCACAAUUUCCACUUUCGUCAUGCCUGUCGCAACCGUGGGCAAUGGCUUCCUGCUCGACUACUUCGGUACUGUGGUCACUCAUCUCCUGGCUAUAUUCAUAUACACAACUGGUACGUUGCUGAUCGCGUUUUCCGCCACUGCUUCACCCAUGCUGCUGUUCCCCGCUCUCUCAUUUGUGGGAGUGGGAGGAGUCAUCUUGCUCGUCACAAACAUACAGGUUGGAAAUUUAUUUUGGAGCAAAAGAUCGACUGUCAUCACGUUGUUCAACGGGGCCUUUGAUUCCUCCGCAGUCGUCGUCUUGGUGGUCAAGCUGGUGUAUGAAGCUGGUUUCUCAUUGAUGUCAAUCUUCCUGUUCAUCAGCUGCCUAAGCUUCAUCCAUGUCCUUCGCACCAUAUUCCUCUUUCCUCGGAGACACAUUCCCUACCCUCUGCCUGAAGGGUAUACUUACGGAGUGAAUUGCGCCGUGUUUCGAUGCAGCGCACUCUCAAUGAACUCUCGCCGGGAAGAGGCUGAGUCCGAGGAGGGCCACAGGGAGGAAUUGGGGGAAGGAUACGCUGUCAAUGGAAGAGAGGACACGGAAGGACACGUUAGAGUGCGAUGGAAACAGGCGGAAGAAGACGCUGCAGAUGGUGGGGCGGAGACGAAUGGACACUACAGACUGGAAUUGGAAAAAACGGGAAGGCACUCCGGGGAAGGGAGGGAAGAAACGGAGAGAGACAUCGGAGAUAAUGGACAAGAGGCAGAGGGAGAUGAAAGGAAGGAAGUGAAAGGCGACGAUGAAAUGGGAAGGGCAGUUGGGGACCCUAGAAAGACAAGGAUGAAUGUUGCGGUCGAUGCAUCAGAGACUGAUGGAAAUACCGCGGAAGGAAUGGUGAAGAUGGACAAAGAGCAACUCAAAGAGAUCGAAGAGAAAAUGCGAGAGGGGAUUAAAGGGGGAAUCAGAGAGAGAAAAAUUGGGGUUGGAGCGGGUUCGGAUAAAAUAGAAAGUCACGAAGCGCAAAAGGAAACUGAGGGAGACCUUAGAGAAGAAAGUGUAGAGAUGGAAUCAGAAAGAGAUGACGGAUCGGUGGACAGAGUGCGAACUACGGCGGAUGGACCUGCACAGUCAACUAACGCUGGUGAUCUGCAGCCCAGUGGAGCAGAAGGCUCGUUGAACAACGAGAAAGAAGAAGAGAUUCCCUCCUUCCAGAAUUGCGUCUUCUCCAGCCUCUUCCUCACGCACCUGCUAUGGUUCUCAGUCAUUCAGCUGAGAUUCAUAUUGUUUAUCGGGACGAUAAAUCCUAUGUUGGAUUUCCUGGCGGACGGCGAUCCCGGGCAAGUCAGCAAGUUUACAAACGCCCUUGGUAUUAUCCAAUUUUGCGGCAUCUUGUGUGCGCCAUGGAAUGGGUUGAUCCUCGACCGACACAAAUGGAGAAACAAGCGGUUGGACACAUCAGGCUCGGCUGUCUCUGAGAGACUGGCGGACAUGCAAUCGGCGGUGCUGUCUCUCGCCAUUACCGUCACGUUCUCUGUUGCCUUCACGGUGUGCGCCGCCAUCCCCGUGUUGGAGGUUCAGUACCUGACCUUCAUCCUGCUAACGUUCAACCGUGCCUUCCUGUAUGGCGGACUCAAUGCAUUCAUCGUCAUGACGUUCCCUCUGUGUCACUUUGGGAAAACCUUGGGGAUGUCGUUCGCUCUGGCAGCCGUGGUGUCUCUGCUCCAGUAUCCCUGGCUUAUCCUCGUCAAUGGACCCUUGCAGGGGAACCCUUUGUACUUAAACAUCGCACUCAUCGCACUGGUAACAUUGAGUUAUGUCCAUCCAAUCAAUGUGUAUUUCUACUGCCGACGGGAAACCCGCAGACGGAUACUCGAAGCUACACCAGUUCCUGCCCAACAAUGAUGGAUAUCUGAGCCGGACAGGGCGGUGCAGGGCGUUUGUUGUUGUUUACUUUGUGAGAUCGUCUGCAGUCGGUACUUGAUACUUCCAUAGAUACUUCAGUCCUAACAAUAAUUAAUCACUGUACACAUAAGGCCGCGUUCUCGGUUUGUUCCGUGGACAAUCGUUUUCAUUUUGUAUUAUUUAAAUCUUGAUCCAUUGGACAAUGGCUGCACGAUAUCUCGUCUAUCAUUCACAUACAUAUCAUGAUUUUGCAAAAACUGUAUCUGAUCAAGCAACCAUCGAAAACGAAAAACUGAACCCGUUUUUUAAAUUCAAUGCAGAUAAUAUAUGCCCUUCCUCCUUUGAAUAAUUUAGGUAAAGUCCUUUUUUAGCAUCAUCAAUCCAUUCCAUCUUAUCUGCGAUGUCAUGCCCAAAAUGAACUCGAUGCUAUUAACUAUGAUUGAAACAUGUAUUUAGGGACAGGGUACCUUCCUAGUUCUUUUAGGCUAUAUCUCUUUUCAGAAAUUCCGAGUCCCCAAACUGCUCCACCAUUUCAAUCAAUUAUCCACCUGUAUUCCCAAAUCUCUCUAUAGGUGUGGCCUAUUUAGAAAUGUGACUUUGUUUAUAUCGCAUCUUCACUGUCCCAAAUACUUACUCUGAGUAUGAAACGUGAUCUGUCAAAGUUUCGCCCAUUCAAAUAUCUGUUACUGCAUCUCAAAAUAAUGUGCCACCUACACGAAUACUGCCACAACAUUAUUGAAUUAA